CACUUCCUGUACCACCACCUCCUUUGUCUGUGCCCCAGGUUUCGGUACGCAAGGCUGGUUAUUUAUUUAUUUCCUUUUUAUUUGGAGGAUAUAUUUUCAUAUAUAUCCAUUACUUUUUCAUUUAUUGAAUGACAGUCGACUCUGAAAUAUUUAUGCCUAAAAGCAAAGCGCCAAAAAUGGAUGACCUGGACUACAUCCCGGUAGACCUGAGUCCAGAGGAGCGCUCUGAGCUGGAGGACAUCCGUCGGAGGAAGGGAGCUCUGCUGCAGGAGAUCCAGAGGCUCAGAGACGAGCUCAGAGAGGCCAUCAUAGAGGUGGAAGGACUGGAGACCAGCACAGAGGGCAGUAAAACUCUACAGAAGAACAGGCACGUGGCCAUGGGAAGGAAGAAGUUUAACAUGGACCCCAAAAAGGGUAUUGUGUUCCUGGUGGAGAAUGAGUUGCUCAGACACACUCAAGAGGAUGUUGCCCAGUUCCUGUACAAAGGAGAGGGACUCAACAAGACUGCGAUAGGAGACUACCUGGGAGAGAGGGAGGACUUUAAUCUCAAGGUUCUGCAGGCGUUUGUUGACCUUCACGAGUUCACUGAUCUCAACCUGGUCCAGGCUCUCAGGCAGUUCCUGUGGAGUUUCCGUCUGCCUGGCGAGGCUCAAAAGAUUGACAGGAUGAUGGAGGCCUUUGCCCAGAGAUACUGUCACUGCAACCCUGGCGUCUUCCAGAGCACUGAUACGUGCUAUGUGCUGUCGUUUGCUAUCAUCAUGCUGAACACCAGCCUCCACAACCCCAACGUGAGAGACAAACCUGGAUUAGACCGCUUCAUCUCCAUGAACAGAGGCAUCAAUGAGGGUGGAGACCUGCCAGAGGACCUGCUCAGAAAUCUUUAUGACAGCAUCAAGAACGAGCCCUUCAAAAUCCCUGAGGAUGAUGGGAACGACCUGACACACACCUUCUUCAACCCUGACCGAGAGGGCUGGCUCCUCAAACUAGGAGGACGGGUGAAGACCUGGAAAAGAAGAUGGUUCAUUCUCACAGACAACUGCCUUUACUACUUUGAGUAUACUACAGAUAAGGAGCCCAGAGGUAUCAUUCCCCUAGAGAACCUGAGUAUCCGGGAGGUUGAAGACCCCAGGAAACCUAACUGCUUUGAGCUGUACAUCCCCAACAACCGUGGUCAGCUGAUCAAGGCCUGUAAGACGGAGGCAGACGGCAGAGUGGUGGAGGGGAACCACAACGUGUACCGCAUCUCUGCCCCCACACCUGAGGAGAAAGACGAAUGGAUCCACCACAUCAACUCUGCGGUCAGCGUGGACCCCUUCUAUGAGAUGCUGGCUGCCAGGAAAAAACGCAUAUCGUUAAAGAAGAAUGAGGAACAACCGUAGAACAUUCCCUUCUUCCUCUCUCCUCUUCAUCCCCUCCUCCACCUCUUCAUCUCUCAUUCUAACAUUGGACAAGCUUUUCUCUCCUCCCUAGAUUCAUUCCAUUCCUCACUUUUUCCCCCUCUUUCUUUGUGAGGAGGAUUUGUUGCUAUCCUGUUUAAGAGACUGGCCAGCACAAACAGGCAGUUCAGAAGUGAACUGUGAAAUAAAUAUGUGUUUUAUUCAGGGUAGCAAGCAGGGCCACUGAACCUUCCGUCACAAACAGGCUGCAACUCAUCAGUCUGAAGUGACUUACUCUCCAUCUGUAACUGAUAUAACAUUGGGGCAACGGUUCAGUUCUAACCGGUCACUGUGUGAAGGACAGGAAGCCACUUUAACCUGAUGCAGCACUAGUUGUCUGCUGUGCUUUACUCUAACAUCUUGGCUCCAGGUUAGCAUGUCUAUAUCAGCAUUAUCAAAGUCCCACUUUAAUACUGUAGCCUCUGUGAAGGAGAUGACGCUGGUCCUUACUGCUUAGACCAUAAAAAUGCCAUUCUCAUGUUAAAUUUGUUAUGAUCAACCAUCUACGGGAAAUGUUCCCAGAAAAACUGACCAAUAAGGCAACAAUUGAGCAGUGAACACUAAAAGACGACGACUCUUGUCAAUGACCCCUGGCGUUUCCUUCACAAGACUGUUAAUAAACUCCCUCAUACAGACACGUAAACUGUUAAACCCAAGUCUAUAAUACGCUACAGUGGGUUUUAAGAAGUUACAACGGCAGCUUAUUACAACGUAUACUUCAUUUUUUUGUAAAUACUUGUUAGACUAUUGUUUACACCACAGAUUUAAUUUAUUGUUUAUUUUUGUUUGUUACAUCUUUUGUUUUGUAAGAGCUACUGUAGAACUGCAUGUGGAGAUGAGGGUUAAUCCUUCAUACACCCAGAUGGACCAGACUCGUGUUAGUGUUGGGUGCAUUUGAGAAAGAUUGUUAGUGUUCCCUGUUGACACAAUAGAAUCAACCUCCAAUUGGAACAUUUAGAUUAUUCAGGACAGGAGAGUGAUGACAUCACAAAACAUUUUGGAUAGAAAUGUUUAGUAUAGAAAAGGCAUGGUUCUGUGUGGUAUGGAACAGGGAAUCCUGUCACUUCUAUACAUUAUAUUUCCAUCUGUACUGUUGAUAAUGUUGCACUGUCCUGAAGGAACCUCUAUUAUCCUCUAAGAGCCUGAAUGAAUGAGGCUCACUGAAGCACAAACAGGUGUCCCAGAUGCCUGUAAUGGCUUUCUUUCCACCAUAACCAUCAUGGAUAUAUGAAAGGGCUGGAUAGGUGUCCUUCAUAAUACUGAUGCCCAUCCAGUCCUGUCAGAUCUGUGACCUAAAAGAAAAGCAAGCUAUGGGUGGUUAUUGGGACAUCACCCUAUGAUAAGUCUGAAACAACCUGUCUAAUAUGAGAACUGAAAUCUGAAAUGAUGGUUCUGAAGUUGAAUCAUCAGUCAAGCCAGGAAAAGGCAUCAGAUUCCUCUUAAUGUGAUUGAAUUGAAUUGAAAAGGACAACAAACAUGGAACACUAAUAUAUCUUUCAAUAUUAUGUAAUUGCUGAAAUAUUAAAAUGUAUUAAAUGAAUAACAAUGUUAAGGAUACAUGUCUAAUGAUACAUUAAGCCUGAAUUGACUCGUAGAUAUUUGCAUUAGUUUGUCAUUGGAUUAACAUUUCAUUAGACUGAAUAUGGAAAAUGCAGAAUUAGGAUUGUCUGCUGCACUUUAUCAAUAUGUAACUUUUAGAUUGGCAAUACUAACUGCAUCUGUAGUAGCCUCCAGUGGUGGCCAGGCUGUCCUACAUCAUCCUCACUGGUUGUGAUGAAGGCUUCACAAGUCCAUAUUUUGAUCACUUCCAGCUCUGAUAACUAAACUACAGAAGUUUUACUCUAAAUGUUGUUUACAUAGGAAAGUCUAGGUACAAAAAAAUGAUCUCUUAAUCUUCUCUAGUUAUUCUCUGAGUGUUUGGUGUGACAGACACACAGCAGCGAGCCAACCUACAGGCAGGGCUGCUGUACACGACACUGAAACACAGUAGACCUGUCUGGGUAUUCUUGAAGUGCAAAGUUGCCAAAAUGGAGUUGGGACGUCACACUGUUCCAACUCAACAAAGAGACAGACUUUUGUGAGAAAGGACACUAAUGAAUAUUUCUGUCCCCCAGACCCCAACCCCACUACUUCUGUCCCCCAGACCCCAACACCACUACUUCUGUCCCCCAGACCCCAACCCCACUACUUCUGUCCCCCAGACGCCAACCCCACUACUUCUGUCCCCCAGACCCCAACACCACUACUUCUGUACCCCAACCCCACUACUUCUGUACCCCAACCCCACUACUUCUGUACCCCAACCCCACUACUUCUGUACCCCAACCCCACUACUUCUGUACCCCAGAGCCCAACACCACUACUUCUGUCCCCCAGAGCCCAACACCACUACUUCUGUCCCCCAGACCCCAACCCCACUACUUCUGUCCCCCAGAGCCCAUCACCACUACUUCUGUCCCCCAGAGCCCAACACCACUACUUCUGUCCCCCAGAGCCCAACACCACUACUUCUGUCCCCCAGAGCCCAACACCACUACUUCUGUCCCCCAGAGCCCAACACCACUACUUCUGUCCCCCAGAGCCCAACACCACUACUUCUGUCCCCCAGACCCCAACCCCACUACUUCUGUCCCCCAGACCCCAACCCCACUACUUCUGUCCCCCAGACCCCAACCCCACUACUUCUGUCCCCCAGACCCCAACACCACUACUUCUGUCCCCCAGACCCCAACCCCACUACUUCUGUCCCCCAGACCCCAACCCCACUACUUCUGUCCCCCAGACCCCAACCCCACUACUUCUGUCCCCCAGACCCCAACACCACUACUUCCUGGGAUAGUAUUUGAUUUAUUAUUUAUUUUUGUUUUACAGCAAUGUAAAGAUGGAUAGGUCAUCUGUGCUAUAUGUAGCAAAAACAAAACCACGGUACAUGGGUGCCAAUGAACUGUUGUGAAACAAUAAAAAGUGAACUGAGACAAUA